CCCCUUCUCUCUCUCUCUCUCUCUCUCUCUCUCAGCCCCCGCCGUCUUGUUUUCACAGCAGCAGGCUACACUUCUUCUCCGUGCAGACUACGUUAACGGCGCGUUGCCCGGAUGUGGAUGCGAGCAGGUCUCGCCUCCGUCGCGAACACACACACACACACACACUCUCUCUCUCACACACACACACUCUCCCGCGGGCAGCGAGCGCACCUGGACGCGUCAUGUGACCCGCUACCUGGACGCGGAGAGAGAGAGAGAGAGAGAGAGAGACUGUUAUUUUUGCUUCGGUGCUUUUUGUGAUUGUUGAAUGGGCGGCUCGGGCUCCGAACGCGCGCGGUCUUAAAUGCUGUUAUUCUCUCUGCAAAAGUAAGAUGUGAACUUUUUUUUUCGUUGGCGUCAUUCUGGGGGAAUUUAUUUCUCGGGGCUUUUUUUUUUAAUUGAUUGUAUUUUUUAAGCCAAAACCACAUCUGGAGGUGCCUGAGCCACUAUUACCAAGGUCUCCAUCCAGCCAUUCGCUCUGGCUUUAGUUCAGAAUUGCAUUGCUUCACCGAGGGGGGAAAAACAAAGAAUCAAUUUUAGAAUCGAUUGACUAAAGGACUGGAGAGUCCUGGACAGCAACAGCUGGUUGGACUGAGUGGAAAGAGAGAUGGGAGAUUGGGUGUGGAUGGUCCUGCUCUCGGUGUGUGUCUCCUCCUUUUCCAGUGAGGGGACAGUUCUGGAGUUUUCCACCCUCACACACAUCAACAAUGUAGUGCAGGACCCUGCAACGGGCCGAGUUUACCUGGGUGCAGUCAAUGCCAUUUACCAGCUGGACGCGUUCCUCAAGCUGGAAGCGAAAGCAGAGACGGGGCCUAAGAAAGAUGCUCGAAGCUGCACGCCCCCUGUGAGCACCUCCACGUGCAUGUCUGCGGACCUGAAAGACACGAACAAUGUCAACAAGCUCCUUUUGGUGCACUCUGCCAACAGAUCUUUGAUUGCGUGUGGGAGCGUGUACCGAGGGAUCUGCUCGCUGCUGAACCUCAGCAAUGUGAAUCAGCAGAUCUACUACAGUGACAGUAAAGGAGAGAGGACGUACGCUGCCAGCAUCGAGGACAGCGUUUCGGUCGUCGGUAUCAUGGCCACAUUCCAGUUCAAGGAUGACCCGGAGAAAAAGCCAUUCAGCGUCUUUCUGGUUGGGAAGGGUUACGGCAGUCAGGAGGACAACCCAAAGCUCAUCACUACACGCAUCUUGGAGAACUACAAAGAUUGGGUUGUGUUCGAGAGCAUCGUGGAGGCCUCUGCGGUCCAGGCCAUACCUUUUGCACCCAAGUACCAGCACCAAUUCCGCUUUGUCUUUAAAGACUCCGGCUUUGUGUAUUUCCUCUUCUCACGCACUCAGGGUGGGACUGACAACAAGAACUUCACAUUCGUAUCCCGUCUGUGUGAGAAAGACGAAGGUUAUUACUCUUACACCGAGCUGCAGCUGAACUGCAGCGCAAACGGCGUCCACUAUAACAAAGUCCAGGCUGCAUAUGUGACCGAGCCAGGAAAGGAGCUAGCUCGCGCCAUGCUGGAUUCUGGUUCAUACGGAACCAUUACGGUCUGGGAUAAAGUGCUGUAUAUAGUGGCUACUCCAGAUGGUGAAAACGCAACGGACUCGGCUCUUUGCAUGUAUCCGUUAAAGCGUAUUAAUGAGAGGGUGGAGGACAUCCUCAGUGCCUGCUACACCGACUACGGAAAGAUUGGAGGAAGACCAGCUGUUUACAGCCCUUAUACAUCCAGUGCAAGCAAUCCAUGUGCCCAUCGACAUAGUAAGGAGAUCGUGGACCAAAACAGGUGUGGAGCCGAGUUCCUCCGUUCUCCGCUGGCCAGCACGCCAGAGUUCGCCCUGCAGGCAGAGCCAUUCUUCACCAAACGGGCUCGAGGUCAUCUGACUGCUGUGGCUAUUGCUGUGGAAAAUGACCACACUAUUGCCUUUGUAGGCAACACCAUAGGAGAGGUAUUGAAGGUUCAUUUGUCAAGUAAACCAGAGGUGUACAACAGGGUUCCUGGGGACACCAUGGGCGAACACGUGAAUAAGAAUCUUUUCUUUGACAAGACCCAGAGUCACAUAUACAUCACGACGGAGAAAAAGAUCACUAAGGUGCCAGUGCAAUCGUGCCACCAGAAGAUUGACUGCAAGUCCUGCGUGUCCCAGAAAGACCCAUACUGUGGCUGGUGUGUCCUGGAGGGCAGGUGUACCAGGAGGUCGGAGUGCAGUCGAGCUGAAGAGAAGAAUGGGUGGCUUUGGAGUCCCAGACAGCAGUGUGUUAAAAUAGUUUCUUUUCAUCCUCCCAACCUCAGCUGCAGGAGAUCCCAGCAGGUUGAGAUCAACAUUCCAUCGCUGCCCAGCAUCAGAGACUUUGACAGGAUCCAUUGCACAAUCGGUUCAAUCUGGAGUAAAGCUGCCAUGGUGGACUCGAUGGUCAGAUGCAACCUGCCUCCCCCUAACCGGCUUCCACCUACACCUCCACACCAAGAUUCGGUGGCAGUGCCGGUGAGGAUCUUCGUGAACGACAGCGUGGAGGUGGCCUCCCGUGACUACGAGUUCUACGACUGUGCAGCGGCAGUGCGCAAAGCGGAAAACACUCCAUGUAUAGCGUGUGUGAGCAGACCGUGGGCGUGUCAGUGGAAUACUGCUGAUCACACGUGCUCCGAUAUGAACGAUGCUGAAACGGGGCCCAAUAUCAUCAAACACAGACAGACAAAGAAAUGUCCACGGUUCGAAAACCCAGAUCCCAUCCUCAUUCCGGUGGGAUAUAAGACUCGCAUCAGUUUUGAAGGAGUAAAUCUGGAGCCCUAUAAGGGCAGAGAGUUUACCAUCGGUACAGACCUGAUGAAACAGUUUGAAGAUGAUGUAAAAACUGAAGAGGGUCCAUUUUUCUCCUUCAAUGGAUACAUGUUUUUGUAUGAUAAGGCACAGGAGACCAGCAUCCUGUUCCAUAUUAAAGACAAGUACACAGAGAAGAUGAUUGACAGCACACUAAACGUAACACUGUAUAACUGCUCGUUGGGCCGGGAGGACUGCAGUCUGUGCAAGAACACAGACUUCAAGUACAAUUGUGUAUGGUGUGCUCGCUCACGCUCCUGUGUGUUUCAUAAACUGUGUCCCAGCGACGAGGAGCAGGAGUGCCCAGACCCUGUCAUCUCAGCAAUAAGUCCUCGUUAUGGUCCAUUGAAGGGAGGCAUCUCUGUCACCAUUAAAGGUUCAAACUUGGGAAUUCACAAGGAUGACAUCAAGAGCAUCUCUGUAGCAGGAGUUCCCUGCAUCCACCAGGAGGAGAAAUACUCCGUUUCCACAAGCAUCGUGUGCGAAAUUGGUCAAGUGAUCCACCGAGGCCCGCAUCAAGGACUCGUGAAGGUCGAGGUCAAAGGAGAAAGGAGAAGCAAAUCCUCAGUCUUCUUUACUUACCGGGACCCCAAGCCUGAGGCAGUGCAGCCCAGACGCGGUCCCAGAGCAGGAGGAACAAUCAUCACCAUCACCGGCACUGACCUUGAUACGGCUUCGAAGGAAGACAUUGACAUCUCUGUGGGUGGAGUGGCAUGUCCAGUUGAGGAGUUUGGAAAGCAGAUCACAUGUAAAGUGGGGCAGUACAGGAAUGAAAAAGUGCCCUCUGACCCCCUGCCCGUCACUGUGCGCUACGGGAAACACACCAGCAUCCAGGUGCCUUCCCUCUUCCAGUUCUCCAGCAACCCGGAUAUUUCCGACCACCAGCCCAGAAGCAGCUUCGACUGCGGUGGGAGAAAGAUCAGAGUGAUGGGCUCUGGUUUCGACCUCAUACAGAAAGCCAUCAUCAUAGUACAAGCUUCAGUUGAUGAAUGGUCUGGACUUCACACUCCUAUGGCGGUUAGUCAGGACGCUCACAGUAAGAACGACACUGUGCUGCAGUUCCUCUCCCCUGCUGUGAACAGAACAUAUGAGAGCCAGUCUUUCAGAACUUUCAUCCAGCUCGACAACCUGAUCGAGGAGCUGAAACCAUUUGAUUACCACCCAAACCCCACCUUCAAUGAACUUCCCAACAAAGUCAUCCCGGAGAACAGCAUGAUCAUCGUCACGGGUCGGGGAUUUUCCAAAGCCAUGACAGCGAAAGAAGCGGAGGCUUUUGUGGGUGAUGUAUCCUGUAAUGUGAACACUCUUCAGGAUGAUAAGCUGUUCCUGGAUCCACCCACCACCACCCCGAGAUCUCGUUCCAAGAGACAGCGGAGAGACACGACAUCUGAACUGCUAGACCUUCUGAUUAAGUUUGGUAAUGGUGAGUGGGUGGUUGGCUCUGUGCACUAUGAGAGGAAGUAUGAGGUGAAACUGGAUACAAUUAUCAUCCCUGCAGUUAUCGUUCCAAUGCUGCUGAUCAUAGCAAUCUCAGUUGUAUGCUACAGGAGGAAGAGCCAGCAGGCAGAGCGGGAGUAUGAGAAAGUGAAGCACCAGUUAGAGAAUCUGGAGGAGAGUGUGCGUGACCGCUGCAAAAAAGAAUUCACAGACCUGAUGAUCGAGAUGGAGGACCACACGAAUGAUCUAAGUGAGGGACGUAUACCAUUUCUGGACUAUAAGACCUACACGGACCGUGUCUUUUUUCUGCCUUCAAAAGAUGGAGCCAAUGAUGUCAUGAUCACCGGCAAGCUGAAUAUUCCAGAGUCCCGCAAAGCCACAGUGGCGCAGGCCCUUAACCAAUUCUCCAACCUGCUGAACAGCAAGACCUUCCUCAUCACAUUUAUCCGGACUCUGGAGGCUCGUCAGGAUUUCAACGCAAGAGCUAAGGUGUACUUUGCCUCUCUGCUGACCGUGGCCCUGCAUGGGAAGCUGGAAUACUAUACAGAUAUCAUGAGGACGCUGCUUUUAGGGCUUAUGGAGGAGUAUGUGCAGAGUAAAAACCCCAAACUCAUGCUUCGCAGGUCAGAGACGGUGGUUGAGAGGAUGCUGUGUAACUGGAUGUCGAUCUGCCUCUAUCAGUUCCUAAAGGACUCUGCAGGAGAACCUUUGUAUAAACUCUUCCGAGCCAUAAAGCAUCAAAUAGAGAAAGGCCCGGUGGAUGCACAGGUGAAGAAGGCAAAAUACACACUCAAUGACACAGGCCUGCUGGGUGACGAUGUGGAGUACUCCAUGCUGACCCUACAGGUGUUGGUUCAGGGGGAGGGUCCUGACAUCACUCCGGUGAAGGUGCUGGACUGUGACACUAUUUCUCAGGUGAAAGAGAAGAUCAUUGAGCAGGUGUACAAAAACCUACCCUACUCACAGAGGCCAAAAGUGGAUAGUGUCACACUUGAGUGGCGCCCUGGCUCCACAGGGCAGAUCCUGUCAGAUCUUGAUGUGACCUCCCAGAAAGAGGGCAGAUGGAGACACCUUAACACGCUAGCACACUACAAUGUUCGAGAUGGUGCCAUGCUAAUCCUUUCCAGGGUUUUACACACACAGCAGUCAUACGACCAAAACCAUGACAACCAUGAGGAGAGAAAUGCCCUGCUGGAGGAUGAUAAAGUGUUCCAUCUGGUCAGGCCGGCUGAUGAGCUGGAUGACGUGAAGUCAAAAAGAGGCAGCAUUAAGGAUAAGUCCAUGACCAAAGCCAUCACAGAGAUCUAUCUCACUCGUCUGCUCUCGGUCAAGGGCACACUGCAGCAGUUUGUAGAUGACUUCUUCCGCAGUGUUCUCUGUUCAGGAACCGUGGUGCCACCUGCCAUUAAAUACUUUUUCGACUUCCUAGACGAGCAGGCCUUAAAACAUGAAAACGUGGAUGAGGAGACCAUCCACAUCUGGAAGACCAACAGUCUCCCACUAAGGUUCUGGGUGAACAUUUUGAAGAACCCUCAUUUCAUCUUCGACGUCCAUGUGACAGAAGUGGUUGAUGCCUCAUUAUCGGUCAUUGCUCAGACCUUCAUGGAUGCCUGCACUAAAUCGGAGCACAAACUCAGCAGGGACUCGCCAAGCAACAAACUUCUCUAUGCAAAGGAGAUCUCCACAUACAAAAAGAUGGUGGAUGAUUACUACAAAGGAAUCCGAGUCAUGGUGCCAGUCAGUGACCAAGACAUGAAUACACACUUAGCUGAAGUGUCACGGGCCCAUACUGACAAACUGAAUACACAAGUUGCCCUCCAUCAGCUGUACCAGUACGCCAGCAAAUACUAUAAGGAGAUCAUCCUGGCUCUGGAUGAAGACCCUGCAGCUCAGAGUAAGCAGCUCACAAUACGACUCCAGCAGAUAGCCGCGGCUCUCGAGAACAAAGUGACGGCUCUCUAACCCGUCCACAGAGAGACAGACGGAGAGAAAGAGAUUGACAUGGAAUGAAACCGCCGCUGGUCACAUCAGACUCUCGGGCAGAAGAAGGAAUAGUUAAAGAAUAAAAAUCCCUUGGUGUGUAAUUAGCAUAUAAAUAUAAUCAGAUGUUGAAUUUCUUCCUGUGUAGAGAGAGAAAAAAAAAAGGUUUUAAGAAAUGUACGAUAUAUUUUUUUUAAUGUGCAGGUCUUUAUGCGGAAAGCUUUAUAUGGAAGAAAUAACUUUUUAAAUUGACAGCCUUGUGUUGAUUUUGUUUAUAAAGUCUCUGUGUAAAUGUGUGUGAGUUGACUGUUCAUUGUUCACACAUAGGAUACCUAAAUUCUGACCAAAUGGGAGCUGCUCAGUCAUUGGUAUUGAGCACUGCUCUGUGUGUGUGUGUGUGUGUGUGUGUGUUCAUCUUGGAAUCAUGACAUAUGCAUUGUUCAGUCAAACAUUAUCAAACACAGUCACUGUCUGAAAGCACAUACCGGUAGAAGUUUUUCGCAGCAGGGUUUGUUUGUGUUUUUCUAUUGAUUCAGACGUGCUGAGCUUUUGGUGUCACCUUCUGAAUCUGAAGAAACACUGAAAAAUCCAGCGUUAUGAUCCCUCGAAGAACAUUUCCUAUCCAUCUCCUUAAUUCACCAAAAUAGCACAGACAAGAGUUUGUUUAGGCAAUAGUAGUCAAUCUCUCUCAACACAAGGCGUGUCAUUUUUCUAUGUAAAGUUACAAAAGGUUCCUUUAUUUGUGUACAGCCAUUGUUCAUAUCAGGAAUACCUUUACUGUUUUACGUAAUGCACAAUAUCAGUUCGUCUCAGAAAUAGACGGUAACAUUUUAUGGUGCGACGUAGUAAAUGUAAAAAAAAACAACAAAAUUAAGGGCAAUUCAUGUCCCAGAUGAUUACAGCCUGUAUUUCCUCUAAGAAUUGCUGCAAUGUGACUGAAUCAAACACUCUGUUGCCCUUUUUUUAAUAUACGCUCGGCCUAAUGUUCAAUAUAAAACCACUCGACUGGGGGUUUUGUCCAGGACUUGAGUUUUUUCCCCGUAAAUCUCUGUUGACUCUUGGUUGACACCAUUUUCCAAACAUUUCACAGUAUGUCCUUUUUUUUUGCCAGCAAGUACACAAUUUUGCAGGCUGGUAGACUUUUUAUUCUUGUUCCUUUCCGGGUUUUUUUUUUUUUUUUUUGCAUAGUCUGUGCAGUGCAUUCGGAUGAUUCUAUCCUCAACUUCAGUUACGUGCAGAAAUUCAUGACCUAGACGAGCACUUAGGAACAAGUGGCUGCGGCGGAAGUGGCUUACGGUUUGGUACGAAACUAAACGGUACUUUUUUAAUCUGAUCUGGAUUGCAUCAUAUGAAUUGUAAAAGAAAAUUUGAAAACGCCUGCUGUGCUUUUUAUUAAUGUUUCAAUAUUUGUACUUAUACCUCUAGAUGUCAUAAAUGUAAGCACCAAAUACUGCAAUACACAGAAUUCCUUCUCACUGUUGUUGAGUACUCUAAGCGUUUAAGGUAGCCUCUUAAUUUUUUUUAUUGUCGUGGUUGUUUUUGUUCUAUGAAGCCGUUCAAUGUUGCUUUAUUUGUUGAUCCAAGAUCAUUUUUGAGAUCUCUGAAAAGUCAAUAGUGACAGAGAUUAGGAUUUAGGAUUAGGAUUGGUUAGUCAAACCUGGUUCUUGAUCACCAUGAAUCCCUUUUAUUUAAUCCUCUUUUGGAGCUGUACCUCUCAGGGCUCGUCUUGCCCCUGAUUUUACUGCCAGUCGGAUACAUUUCGGCCUCUGAAUAGUGGGAGUUACUCUUUGAAGUAAUGCCGGUCCAUUUUGUCGCUGAACAGUGUGGGGCGUUGUGAAGAAGCCUUGUGGCGCUUGGCACUGCCCACUCAAUUCCCCUGCGCUGUAAUGAAAGCAGCAGGAGCCGUGUUUGAUCUUAAUUGCAUGUGGGCUGCUGACACCAUGCUUUUCAAAACGCACGCAAUGUUCCUCGUUUUUCAUUUUCCAUUCACCAAGCCCUUAUCCUCCGAUAGCUCAAUGUAAAGCUUCUCUUCUUCAGCCUUUCUUUCACCAAAAUGUGCCUUAAAUGAUCAGUGUUACAUCUUUCUUUUUUUUUGUUUUUGAUAAUCGAUGAUGUUUGGUGAUAAUGGCGAGUUUUAGUCAUAGGGCGCUUGCAGUGUAUUUGCAGCCGUGGUGUUGAGUCUAAGUAGGAUCAUUUUGUGCCGUAGUCACAAUGUGCCAAUAGGCUAAUCAAAUAAGAGAGAAAAAGGCAGUUUUUAUAUCAGUGUGCAUCUUUGGGGCGUCUAUGGUUUGUGUGUGUGUGUGCGUGCUUUUGUAGUUGUAUUGAGAACAAGCUUAGAUUAGUUUGAACUAAACUAAGCUGUUGUGAAUGUAAAAUACUUCCCCCAAAGCAUCUGCGACUUUGCUUUUAUUCCUCAUCCAAAAGGAGAAUCUUCAAUAGAGAAGUGUUGAGUAGCACAGGGUGUUUCACUGUUGUGUUAUCCCUUAGAGCUAUAAUUUGUUUCGAUGCUAUUCCAUAGUGUGUAUGACAAAUAUCUAUACUCGAUGACCUUCUUACUGCUGUGCAGUUAUUUUUAUUCUUUCAUGUCCUAUGAUAUUAUAUGCCUUUGUAUCAACAGAAAAGUAAAUCUGUCAACAACGUAUUCUUGUGUAAUAUCCUAUGCAUUUGAAGUCCUGGAAAAUGGCGAAAUGUUGUGCUGUUAUCAAGAUGUUUUUUUUCCACCCCUUUUCCCCCCUUGUGGUUGUAUAGUGAAAGCAGAUUCCUGGGACUGUAACGUACAGUAAGGCAGGAGAAUAAAGAUUAGCCGUGGCUCUUUCAGGCCUGGCACCUCAGAAGAGUUCUUACAUGCCUAAUCUGUUUGUACUGAAGUGCUCGCCGCUCAGCAAGGGUCAAGGCCUGACAAAACACCUUGCGCCCUUACGUCAAUAAAGAGACACUUCCAUUUCA